AUGAAGAGAAAUAAAUAUUUGAGACACAGACAGCAAAGCUAUGAAUGCCCAGGAAAGAGGUCCAUCUUUGACAUAUUUUGGGAAAAAAUCAAUGCUCCUUUGGGAUCAGAAAAUCACUGUGUAACAGAAACUAGUAUUGGCAGCCAUUUUGAAGAGCUUAUCUCAGGGGUGAAAAUUCUAACUAGCUGCAGUAGCAUAAAUGUGGAGAAUUGUGGCCAUGCUGCUGAACAUUGGAACCAAUCAAACGGGUUGGGAGUUCCCCUUGGAUGUUUCAACGUGUACUUAGCGAAACCGACGCAUCAAAUUGCUGAAGCGACUGCCGAGAAGAAUGCCCGCCUCAAGGAAGCUUUUGGCAUCAGCGAUUAUUACCAAGAUGGCAGCUCCUUUGACCCCAACAAAAAGACAAAGGAAGAUGCAGCGAAGGCCCUGGCGAUGGCACACAAAAAAUAUGCGAUUGAGAAAGAUUCUGAUUCCGAGCCUGAGAAUUCCCCUGGACCGGCCAUUCGUAAACGAAAGAAGAAAUCAAGGGACAAAAGUGAGUCAUCACCUGAAAGAAAGUCUUCAAAGAAAAAGAAAAGUAAAAAACACAGGCAUGAUCGGUCCGUGAGUCGAAAAAGCAAGAAACGCAAGCAUAAACAUAAGAAAAGUGACUCUCCGUCCAAGAAGAGGAAGCACAGACGACGAUCGGUCAGCUCUAGUUCAUGCUCCAGCAGUGAUGAUAGUUCUAACGAAUCAGAGCACGAGCCCAGCAGCAGAUCAAAGCCGGACCAGGAUCGGUCACAGUCUCGCAGAAGCCACUCUCGGUCCAACUCACCUGAAGAAAGGCGACCCCGGCAGGAGGUUCGACACCGCAGUGAGUCACUGUCUUCGCAGAGCCCGUCACAAUCACCAGGACGAGGGCGAUCCCCCUCACCUUCAGACAAGUGUUCAUCUCGGAGGUCAGAUUCACCCAGCAGAGGGAGUAGCAGACAUGGCAGGGAGUCAAGAUCUCCAAAACAACAAAGAUCCAGAUCCGACUCGCGAGAAAGAAGAUCUUCAAUGCGUGACCGUUUGGGCUCUGACAGUAGAAGUAGGUCAAGGGAUCGUGAGUCUUGGAGCCCGUCCAUUAGACGACGUAAGGGCUCUCCAAGCCACCUGGAAAGAAGAAGGAUAACUAGAGCGAAACAAACACAUCAAAUUGUUGAAGCGACUGCCGAGAAGAAUGCCCGCCUCAAAGAAGCUCUUGGCAUCCGCGAUUAUUACCAAGAUGGCAGCUCCUUUGACCCCAACAUAACGACCAAGAAAGAUGCAGCAAAGGCCUUGGCAAUUGCCUAG